AUGUCUGGCCGCGGCGCGGGCGGGUUCCCGCUGCCCCCGCUGAGUCCCGGCGGCGGUGCCGUCGCCGCGGCUCUGGGAGCGCCGCCUCCGCCUGGCGGACCCGGCAUGCUGCCCGGACCGGCGCUCCGAGGGCCGGGGCCGGCGGGAGGCGUGGGGGGCCCGGGGGCCGCUGCCUUCCGCCCCAUGGGCCCCGCGGGCCCCGCGGCGCAGUACCAGCGGCCUGGCAUGUCACCAGGGAGCCGGAUGCCUAUGGCUGGCUUGCAGGUGGGACCCCCGACGGGCUCCCCAUUUGGUACAGCUGCUCCACUUCGACCUGGCAUGCCACCCACCAUGAUGGACCCAUUCCGAAAACGCCUGCUUGUGCCCCAGGCCCAGCCCCCAAUGCCUGCCCAGCGCCGGGGGUUGAAGAGGAGGAAGAUGGCAGAUAAGGUUCUACCUCAGCGAAUUCGGGAGCUCGUCCCAGAGUCUCAGGCGUACAUGGACCUCUUGGCUUUUGAGCGGAAGCUGGACCAGACCAUUGCUCGCAAGCGGAUGGAGAUCCAGGAGGCCAUAAAGAAGCCUCUGACGCAAAAACGAAAGCUGCGGAUCUAUAUUUCCAAUACAUUCAGUCCCAGCAAGGCGGAAGGUGACAGUGCAGGAACUGCAGGGACCCCUGGGGGAACCCCAUCAGGGGACAAGGUGGCUUCCUGGGAACUGCGCGUGGAAGGAAAACUCCUGGAUGAUCCUAGCAAACAGAAGAGGAAGUUCUCAUCAUUCUUUAAGAGCCUCGUCAUUGAGCUAGACAAGGAACUGUACGGGCCUGACAACCACCUGGUGGAGUGGCAUCGGAUGCCCACCACCCAGGAAACAGAUGGCUUCCAGGUGAAACGGCCUGGAGACCUCAACGUCAAGUGCACCCUCCUGCUCAUGCUGGAUCAUCAGCCUCCUCAGUACAAGUUGGACCCCCGACUGGCAAGGCUGCUGGGAGUGCACACACAGACCAGGGCCGCCAUCAUGCAGGCCCUGUGGCUUUACAUCAAACACAACCAGCUGCAGGACGGGCAUGAGCGCGAGUACAUCAACUGCAACCGUUACUUCCGCCAGAUCUUCAGCUGUGGUCGGCUCCGGUUCUCCGAGAUUCCCAUGAAGCUGGCGGGCUUGCUGCAGCAUCCAGACCCCAUUGUCAUCAACCAUGUCAUUAGCGUGGACCCCAAUGACCAGAAGAAGACGGCCUGCUAUGACAUUGACGUGGAGGUGGAUGACCCACUCAAGGCCCAGAUGAGCAAUUUUCUGGCCUCUACCACCAAUCAGCAGGAGAUCGCCUCCCUUGAUGUCAAGAUCCAUGAGACCAUUGAGUCCAUCAACCAGCUGAAGACCCAGAGGGAUUUCAUGCUCAGCUUUAGCACUGACCCCCAGGACUUCAUCCAGGAAUGGCUCCGUUCCCAGCGCCGAGACCUCAAGAUCAUCACUGAUGUGAUCGGGAAUCCUGAGGAGGAGAGACGAGCUGCUUUCUACCACCAGCCCUGGGCCCAGGAAGCAGUGGGGAGGCAUAUCUUUGCCAAGGUGCAGCAGCGACGGCAGGAACUGGAACAGGUGCUGGGAAUUCGCCUGACCUAA